AUGAAGUACUCAAUACAGAGCAAUUACAUACUAUACAAAGAUCAAUUAAUAAGUGGAUACGUGUGCAUUGAAGAUGAAUACAUCAAACAUAUUUUGUAGGAGCCGAAUGAAUUAUUAAAUCAAUACCCUAUCAAGUAUGUCUACAUGAAUCAAGUGCUCAUGGCAGCUGCUAUUGAUACAAAUGUAUCACUAAGCAUUUGGAAUCAUAUUGAAGAAUUUACUAAGUAUGAAGUUUAGACUAUUAGAUUGGCUAUUGUCGGAGGGGCAUCUUUAAUUGUUAAUAAACCUUACUAAUUGAAUUUCGAUCUAGAUGCUUAGGAAACAUACUAAAUGCAAAUCCAAUAAUUGCAAUCCUAAUCACAAACUGAUUUUAUUUAAAUGGCCAAAAUUCUAUAAAAUGAGGAUAUAGAUAAACUAAUGAAGUUAGGCGCAUUUUGUUUCGAUUGCCAUUUACUACCUUCCUAUGCUGGCACAUAUUUUAAAGAUUUCCAGUAAUUGCAAUAAGCAUUAUAACACUUGCCCUCUUAAGCAUGUCUUUUUAUACACACUUAAACUACCGUUGACAAAGAUUUGGGGAUUACAUCUCCCUUUAGAACAAAACCCUUUGCUGAGCGACUAAAUAUUACUUAAUUAGAUUUAGUCGAUGCCGAUGGAGUUUCAGGAUCAUGUAUCAGUGAUGAUGAAAAUAUUCAAAAUGAUGAUCCCAAAUAUUUGUAAUAAAUGGAUUACCUUAAUGAGAGUAAUUCUCCAAUUAAGGAUAUAGUUAAAAAAUAUAAGAAUUCAGACGAAAAGAGAAUUUCAGAAUUUGAUGACUAAUAUGAUUCUCCCUAGUCUCCUAAGCUUCAAACAAAUAUAUUUAAAAUAAAAUCUAAAUAGAUUACUGAGCAAUCAUAAAUUUCUUUGAUAAGUAGAGCUGAGCUUAUAACAUAUAAGGAAGCUCCUAAGAUGGAAUAGAAUUAUAAAUUUCCUCAAGAAGACUCAGAUAGUCCUUAAUAAUAAUAAUAAUAAUAAUAAUAAUAAUAAUAAUAUCCUUCAUUCAAAUUAGAAUAAAAAGUCUCCACUCAAGAUCAAGAAUCAUCCCCUUUAGGAUCAAAAAAAGAUUCAACUAAUUAAUAAGAAUCUAAUCCUAAACACAGUCCUCAAAUGUCUAUAUAAUCCUCAGAUAUAUCUUCACCAGAAAGUCUAUCCUUCAGAUCUGAUUGCAGAUUAAGAUCAAGGGCUUAGACUGCUUAAGGACUACUACAAAGAAGAUAAUCAAAAACAGGAUUUGCACUAGUUUUGCACUAAGUUGAACAGAAUUCAAAUGGCAAACAUGGUUCUGGAGAUAUGGUUUUAUUCAAUUUUUCAGAAUCAAGACCUCGUUAAAAUUAGAAUAAUAAUAAUAGAUUCAAUAGAGAUUACUUAUGUUUUUUAGCAUUUCGACCUGCUACCUGGGAAAAAUUUGCACUUUAAAAAGUGAAAAAGAUGAUCAGGCAAUAAUUUAAAUGUAACAUUAUUCUAAAUGGGUUUUCUUCUUCGUUUUCUUUGGUGGAAAUAAAAGAACUGAUCAAUAACUAAAUAUUUAGUGAUGUUGGAUAUCCUUAUCUUUUAUUAGAUAGUGAUGACAUUGGGGAUGGAAUCACUAAAUUCAAAUCUGAUCCUCCAAUUCGAUAAAAAUACAAUAAAUAAUUACUCUAAAAGGGCAUAUCAUAAAAUAAUUGGAUUAGUAGUAUAUCAAGUUCACAUCUAUAUGUGAAUGGUUUAUAUAAGUUUGAAGAGUAAGGAGAUUUUAGAAAAGCCGUCAGCGGAUUGUGUAGUAUUGGUUGCACUUUCCAAGCCGUAUGGACUUUGUUAUUUUGUAAAAAGAAUCAAGAUCCAAAUAUCAUUAAAAAAGCAUUUUACAAUAAAGAGACAACUAGUUCAACUUAUAAAAGAAUGUUGUUAAAACUUAUUUAAUUAUAAUAACUUGUAUCUUCAGGACCAGCUCAAUAUUUAAAUCUGAAAGACAGGGGAUGUAUAGAAGAAGGAAAGUUAGCAGAUUUAGUUGUGUUUGAUCCCUUUAAAGCAUGGAAAUUAAAUUUCGAAAAGAUAAACCACACAUUUACUUUUUCUAUUGAUAAACACAUUUUUAAAAACAGAUUAUUUUUAGGUUCAGUCGAUUCAGUGUUUAUUAGAGGGGAAAUUAUUCUAAAUUAAGAAAAUCAAAUAAUUUCAAUUCAAAAUAGAAAAGGGAGUUAAAUAUUGAAAUGA